CAUCUUGCUGGAAUAAUUGUGCCCGAUUGUAAAGGGGGAGAUGCAGGACUACCCAAAAUCAAGGGUGACGGAGAGGCACCGAUAUGACACUGAAGAUAAGCCCAAGCAAUCGCGCAAGACCUCUAUUGCCCUCGAGAGCGCUGCUUCCCUACUGUGUGACAUCUCCAGCUCCGGAUUCUAGGGAGGCGGGGGGACAAGAUUGCAAUGUUCUCCGGGUUGUCUAUCCGGCCGGUAGCACUGCUCCGAGGCACAAGGACAAUGUGGGCGGUCUCAAUUUCUACGGCCAACCUCUCUCUAUAGAUAGGUCUGCACACAGGGUGAAGACGACCACGACGCUCUCGUAUGAGGUCCGCUUUUCCGACGACUUCGACUGGGUCAAGGGUGGCAAGCUGCCGGGGCUCUACGGGGGCAGAGGUGCCAGCGGCGGGCUCAGGGAAGACCAAGAUUUAGAGGCCGGCUUCAGCGCUCGGCUCAUGUGGAGAGCAGAGGGGCUUGGCGAAGUCUACCUCUACUUUCCCCAGGACCAGCCCGAAGACAUCCUAGGCGUGCCUCCGAAGACCAUCGUUGAUCCCAGCUACGGCAUCUCGCUCGGCAGGGGAGCCUUUACAUUUGCAAGGGGGCGCUGGACCAGCAUCAGUCUCCGCGUCACGACGAGCUCCGUUGGAGGGGCUGCUGAUGGCAAGAUUCGGCUUGACGUUGAUGGGCAGCAUAACAUUGUUGCCUUUGACAAGCUCCGCUUUCCCAGAGCCUGCACAGAAGAGGGAGAAGUGGGCCUAUUCUUUUCUACCUUCUUCGGAGGGCACGAUGCCUCUUGGGCUCCCUCUCAUGACCAAGAAAUACACUUUCGCCGCUUUGCACUCUUCUCCUCUUGUGCAGAUUGAGCUUGUCCUGUCCUUGUAAUUUAUGACUAUUUCAACGCAUAACACCUCAACCGCAAUACCGGCGGUGCUAUCAAUCAAGAUCUUGCAGG